GUUGGGGGGCGCCUGGCUGUCCUGGUCCCGGGACCGACCUCCCACCCCACUAGAUGCUCCGGCUGGCUCAACUGUGAUGACGGGAGGACUUCUUUUGUGCGGCUGCUCUCUACUAUCCGCCUCUGCCAGACUAUAAAAGGCUACCUCGGGCGUCCGGGGGAACCAGUUCCCUCAGGCUCCCGUGGGCAGACCGGCCACCCCGACUUGCUCAGCUUAGCUCCAGAGGUCCCUCACCAUGUCUCAGACCGCCAAGUCCGCUUCCGGCAUGGACGCCAAGGACAAAGGGGGUCCAGCAGCCUCCAGCAAAGCCACCAAGACCGGAGACCCCAGUCUGGAGGCCCUCAAAGUCCUUCUGUUUGAGCAGGAGAACUUCCAAGGCAAAGUGGUGGAGAUCCAGGAUGAGUGUCUGAACGUGUCUGAUCGUGGCAUCGACAGAGUGAGGAGCAUCAUUGUGGAGAGCGGCCCCUUUGUUGCCUUUGAGCAAACUAACCUCCGGGGGGAGAUGUUCAUCCUGGAAAAGGGAGAGUAUCCUCGCUGGGACACCUGGAGCAACUCCUACCGCAGUGACUGCCUCAUGUCCCUCCGGCCCGUCCGCAUGGACAGCCUGGAGCACAAGAUCUGCCUCUACGAGCUCUCUGACUUCAAGGGCAACAAAAUGGAGAUCCAGGAGGAUGACGUGCCCACCCUCUGGGCGCACGGCUUCAGUGACCGAGUGGGCAGCGUGAGAGUACCUGGAGGAGCGUGGGUGGGGUACCAGUACCCAGGCUACAGGGGCUACCAGUACCUGAUGGAGGGCGGCGAGUACAAACACUACAACGACUUCAAUGCCAUCCAGCCCCAGGUCCAGUCCAUGCGCCGCAUCCGGGACAUGCGGUUUCACCAGAGGGGCAGUCUCUCCCUGUCUUCCCUGAACAAGUGAGCACCCCCUGCUGGCCUACCUGCUGUUCCACACCUGCCCAGACGCCCCUGUCACCAGACCGCAACUGGACCUCGACCGCCGACGCUCCACUCCGAGGGACCGGCCCGACUGGAGCUGACUUUUUAUGAUUCCAAAAAUAUAAUUAAAUAAAUGUGUCGGACAAAAAUGAUCUCGCUGUCUGGAUUACUUCGGAUUAUACUGUACAUUUGUACGUU